UUAAAGUUAGUUAGUUUGACAGGCAGUUGUUUAGCGUUGGAUUGGUGUUACAUUCAUUUGUUAGGAGUAUUUAUAAACUGCAGGGUUUUAGUCGAGUUGCGGGCAUGGUCUCCACGAUCCAAAACACCGACGUGAAGCAGAAAGAGGCUGAUCGUGCGGUGGUCGUCGCGGUAACGUCUCGGGCGGUGUUUGACUGUGGAGCUGAUGAUGGAGAUGAGGUGUGCGAAGUGGGCGUGGCUUUCCCUCUGCUACAGGCGCUGCAGAGAGUGAACGAACGUCUGUUGGAGGAGAAUCCAUCGGAGUCGCUGCUGUUCGAUGUAGUCCUGAUCACCAGCGACAGUCAGCAACAGCAGCAGAGCUCCCGCAUCAUCAGCAACACCCGGCAUCACGGUCUUGAAAUAAGCAGGUUCUGUUUUUCCAGCGAGGAGGAUUUCACGGAGAGUUUACUGAAAAAUAACGUGCAUCUCUUCCUGACGACGGACAGAGACGAGGCGGCGCAGGCGUCACAAAAAGGGGUUUUCUCGGCGCUGCUAAAUGGGAAGGUAGCUUCGUCAGAGCAGCUCAGAGUUGUGUUCUGCGGGGACGCCGUCAUCCGGACCGACACAGAACCACCAUCAGCGAGCCAAGACGCCGCUCAGAGUUUCUGGGCUCAGCUGGGCGAGAUGCGGCGGAGGUUCGGCAUGUUGGACAGCCCCCUCAGCCUUGUGCUGCUGACGUCCCGCGGCGGGAGGGAAAGCUGCGGCACCGCCCUCCAAACGCUACGAUCACGAGGCGUAAACAUGGACGAGGCGUACUCCCUGGCUGGGGCCCCGCAGAGCCCCAUCCUGUCCCUGCUGAGACCUCACUUCCUGCUUAUCAACCACCUGCAGGACUGAGGACAUCAUAACUAGGAUGAACUGUUACAAGAUUAAAAAUAAAAUUCACUGUGUCUUUAA